GCCCUGCUUCUCCGUCAGAACGAGCCAAGUGAGGCUGGAGAGAACACGCGACACAGCCGCCGAUACUCAUCAGACUGCCGCCUCCUCUGUCGUCUCGCCGAGCUUCUAGCCGCGCGCUGCUCCACUACAACGGAACCAAACCACUCUGAAUUCGCAUUAAAUAUGUCUAAUAUCGUUUGCUGUCAAAGGCCACAGGUUAUGAUGCAUGACCAACAGAGAAUAGGUACCAGUCUAUAGCCAACGGGUUCCGGAGGACUUGAUUACAGUCGCUUCAAGCCUGAUAGUUUGUCUGUGCGGCUGCUCCCUCUCCUCCCCUCCGCUCACGCCGUGUUGUCCACUGGCAUUUCUUCUGACAACGUCCCUCCUCUCCUUGGAUGAAGAAGACCAGAGUGCCUCGUAUUCUCUGACUUCUUUGCCAUCCUUCAGUUCCUGUUCUCCCAGCAGUGGUGCUCUUCUCUAUUAGACACGCCAACGAAAUUCAGCCAAGAUGAUUCCUAACGGUUACUUGAUCUUUGAGGAUGAGAGUUUCCUUGAUUCCACCGUGGCCAAAAUGAAUGCUCUGAGGAAGAGUGGCCAGUUCUGUGAUGUGAGAUUGCAGGUUUGCGGACAUGAGCUGAUGGCUCAUCGUGCUGUCCUGGCUUGCUGCAGUCCUUACUUGUUUGAGAUCUUCAACAGUGACACAGAGCCACAUGGAGUGUCUCAUGUCACUUUUGACGACUUGGAUCCCGCUGCCGUGGAGGUCUUGCUCAACUAUGCCUACACUGCCCAACUCAAGGCAGACAAGGACAUAGUUAAGGAAGUUUACUCUGCAGCCAAACGGUUCAAGAUGGAGCGAGUCAAACAGAUCUGUGGAGACUACCUGCUGACCAAGAUGGAUUCCCAGAAUGCCAUUUCCUUCCGCAGCUUUGCCAGCUCCAUGGGAGAUGCCAGAGUUUUGGCCAAGGUGGACGCCUUCAUCCAAGAACACCUACUGGAAGUGUCUGAGCAGGAAGAGUUCCUCAAAUUACCCCGUCUCAAGUUAGAAGUAAUGCUAGAAGACAACCUGACACUGCCCAGCAAUGGCAAGCUUUACUCAAAGGUGCUAAACUGGGUCCAGCGAAGCCUUUGUGAGAACGGAGACCACCUGGAACGACUCAUGGAAGAGGUGCAAACCUUGUACUAUUCACCCGACCACAAGCUGGUGGAUGGAGGGCUGGUGAUUGAGGGGCACAGUGAGGUGUUUGGUGGCGAGGAGGACCACCUUCAGUUUGUGCAGAAGAAGCCAGUUCGAGAGAAUGCCCAGAGACAGAUGAGCUGCAGCUCCUCAGGAAGCCUCUCGCCCUCCAACCAAGCAGCAAAUGCCCCUAAACAACACGGCAGGAGAGAGUGGAAGUACAUUGCCUCUGAGAAGACUACAAACAACACCUACCUGUGUCUGGCUGUGCUGGACAGCAUGUUGUGUGUGAUCUUCCUCCAUGGCCGCAGCAGCCCUCAGACAUCUCCCUCUGCCACCCCUUGUCUGAUGAAGAGCCUCAGCUUCGAGGCCCAGCCCGAGGAGCUGGAGGAGCACCCGCUUUCCCCCAUGCAUUACGCUCGCUCUGGCCUGGGCAUCGCCGCUCUUGACUCGAGACUUAUCGCAGCAGGGGGCUACAACAGAGAGGAAUGUCUGCGGACUGUGGAGUGUUACGACCCCAAAGAGGACCGCUGGACCUUCAUCGCUCCCAUGCGGACUCCAAGGGCUCGUUUCCAGAUGGCUGUGCUCAUGGGUCGGCUCUAUGUGAUCGGAGGUUCCAACGGACAUUCAGAUGAGCUGAGCUGCGGGGAGAUGUACGACCCACAAACAGACGAGUGGGUUCAGGUGCCAGAACUCAGAACAAACCGUUGCAAUGCAGGUGUCUGCUCCUUGAACAACAAGCUCUACGUUGUGGGAGGAUCAGACCCCUGUGGACAGAAAGGCCUAAAGAAUUGUGAUGCUUUCGACCCGGUCACCAAAACCUGGACCAACUGUUCCUCCCUCAACAUCAGGAGGCACCAGGCAGCAGUGUGUGAGCUGGAUGGCUUCAUGUAUGUGAUCGGGGGAGCGGAGUCAUGGAACUGCCUGAACACCGUGGAGCGUUUCAACCCUGAGAACAACACCUGGACCCUGAUUGCCCCCAUGAACGUGGCCCGCCGCGGUGCUGCUGUUGCCGUCCACGCCGGCAAACUCUUUGUGGUUGGUGGUUUUGAUGGCUCCCACGCCCUGCGCUGCGUGGAAGUGUACGACCCCAGCCGCAAUGAGUGGAGAAUGCUGGGCAGCAUGACGACCUCGCGCAGCAACGCCGGGGUCGCCAUACUGGGCGACAGCAUUUACGCUGUGGGAGGAUUUGACGGCAACGAGUUCCUGAAUACGCUGGAGGUCUACAACCCGGAGACAGACGAGUGGAACGACUGCACCCAGUCUCCUCUCACGGAGUGAAGGAGGGGGCGGGAGCUUCACAGUGCUUCACCUUAUUGCAAACUAACAGGCUUAGUGACGUAAUCGUGUUUCGUGACGUUCCGUGUGUACGAGCAGAUAUGUUUGGGUGGGAGCCGGGGCUGAUGGGGUUAGGGGUCUUCAGUGAAGGCUGACUUUUAUUUGGUGGGUGGGGGUUGUUGCCGAAAGCAACAUGACGCCUUUGCAUAUUGCAUACAAUGUUUUAUGUGCUGUAUAUAUCUAUUUUUUCUUUCUUCAUUACUUUGUCAUAUGCCAACAUUUAACAUUUAGUGCUUUUAGUGAGAUUUGGAUUUUCUGGCUUCGAUUGGGCUUUCGGUCUGUGGUGUUUUGGGGUGGUGACGAUUGACUUUAGGAAGUUCAGUUGAAGAGUAUUUCUGCCUGGGAAAUGGAAUUUUGCUCACUUACAGGUCAGUGGUUUAAAGCCUUACUACAGAGUGCAACUUGAUACAACCUGUCAUGGAAUAUUUUUGUCCUUUUAAACAAGCUGGGUUGCUUUUUCAGACUUAAACGGAUGGCCUUUUUAUAUUUUUUAUACACUGCUUAUUUACCAAUAAAAUUAAAAGGAGAGUAGUAGACAGUUUGAAGAGGAAAAAAAAAAAGAAUCUAACCAGUGCCACUUUUGUUUUCUGUGCACUCGCCACACAUGCGCACAAUUGUGCUUCUGCUAACCAAACAUUUGUUAUCGUGAUUUAACUGAUGGAUGUAGAGUUGCCAUUUCCUGAAGUGUUUUUUUUUUUUUUUUUUUUUUUUUCCCUGUAAUUAGUGUCAGGCAUUGGCAGAUUCUUCUGGAAGGAGCAUUUGAAAUCACUCGUUUAUAACAUUUCUAAAUCAAUAAAUCAUUUAAAAUCUGAAAA